AGUUUGAUUUGGAAAAAGAGGACAAGUUUGAUUAAAAAUGGGUAUGGUUUGGGCUUUUGGCCCAUGUGAAUGAAUACUGUGAAUCGCGAUAAAAGAGACAGGCCCAUUUCUGCCGUGGACCAAAUCCAAACUUUACCAUCUUCACGGCAACUACCACAUCGCCUCCUUUGCCGGCCGAACUCUCAAAACAGCCGCCGCGCCUCAGCCGUUAACCGCUCCAACUUCCCGCCAUGAGUUUAGUACACACCAUCCAUUUCUCUCCCGCCACGUCAUCCAGCCGCCGCUUCCCCGCUCAUUCUGCCGCCUCCCUCCGUUGGCGAGUCUUCCCUGUAAGGGCCAGCCUUCCCUUUCCGACCCAGAAGGCGAAGUAUCACAGAGAACUCGAAGCUGCAGUGGGCAUUGUUGAGCGCGCUUGUCGGAUUUGUGUCGAUGUGCAAAGGUCUUUGCUUUCCAGCGUUGGAGGGAUUGUGGAGAAGAAAGACAAUACCCCAGUUACAAUUGCGGAUUUUGGAGUUCAGGCAUUAAUCAGCCUUGAGUUGGGCAAGUUGUUCCCGUCGAUUCCCUUGGUUGCUGAAGAGGAUUCCGGCUUUGUGCGUGCUAAUAACCUGGUGGAUUCUGUUGUGAGUGUGGUUAAUGAUAAGAGGAGCUCUAGUGAACCUUUGAGUGAUGAUGUUGUUCUCGAGGCGAUUGAUAGAGGGGGAAGUGCUGCUUAUCUCUAUGGAAAGUCGCCAGCUACAUAUUGGAUCCUGGAUCCAAUCGAUGGCACCAAAGGGUUUCUCAAAGGAUGUGGCGCCUUGUAUGUGGUGGGUUUGGCUCUUGUAGUCGAAGGUGAGAUCGUGCUAGGUGUUAUGGGUUGUCCAAACUGGCAGAACUCCGGCGACAGCCUAGGGUCCGUGAUGAUUGCUCAUACUGGCCAUGGUACAUGGAACAAGACAUUACAAGUGUCCAAUGAUUGGAGUAGAUGCUUGGUCGAUGGAUGUUCAGUAGUUCCAGAAGCUCGAUUCUGCAUUCCUGAGAGUCAGAGUUGGGAUUCUUUGCCUCUAUCGAGAUCAUUCACUGCAAAGAAUGAUGCAGAUAGUCUUGGUGACAAUGAAAUCCAUCUUUUAACUACAUGCUGUGGAAGUUUGUGCAAGUAUUUAAUGGUGGCCUCAGGCAGGGCUUCGAUGUACAUUCAAGCUCAGAGAGACACAGCUAUCAAGGCUUGGGAUCAUGCUGUUGGUAUGUUAUGCGUCCAUGAAGCUGGAGGCAGGGUGACUGACUGGGAAGGGGGCGAGCUUGACCUCGCGGCGGAUCAAGUGGAGAGACGGAUCAUAUAUCCUCCUGGGGGAAUCCUUGUGACCAACGGCAAGAUUCAUGAUCAGAUCCUGGAGAUGAUCUCUUUCAGUUCCUCAACUGUUUGAGUGAAGCUGCUGAAAAGCAACGAUGAACCUUUUCUUCUCAGUGAAUUUCCUUAAUGGCGUGGCCGGAAAAAUUGGAGUGCCAGUAUUUGGAUGCUCUUACCGUUCUUUUUGAGUUGGGGUUAUCAUUCUGCCCAAACUACUGCAUAAAUUUCUCAUUCAAAAUUGCAUUUUUCCCUUCCAUUUUUUUGUUUACUUUGGUUCGAGUUGAAUAAGAUCAUUAGGGGAUCAAAUUUUACAGAUAUCAUAUGGGCUCCAAAUAAAGAUAUUUUGAACGUGGGUAUGGCCCAAAGGUGUGGGCUUUAUUCAGUGACAUUGAAUCUCAUUAUGGGCCCGCCCGACGGUCUCAUUUAAGGGCCCAAGUUCCAAAAGAGUAGCAACCAUUCACGUGCCAACUAUUCUUUAUGCA